ACCACAGCAGCCGCAGCCGCACUAGCCAAGGCCCAAGGCAGCCACCAGGUUCUUCCUCUUUCUUCUUUUCUUCACCGAUUCCUACCUUUCUUCCCCGAUUCUUCUUCUUCUUUCGCCGAUUCUUGUUCUUCACCUCUUCUUCUUCUGCUGCCUGCUCCGGUCUUGCGCGACGGACUGCCAGAUUAAAAAAACAAAAGAAAAACAAUUAGGGCCGAACCGUCGGUUUAAUUCACGGUUUGGAGAAACUAUAAACCGAAACAACCGUAGUUCGGAACUACGGUUUCGGUUCGGUUUGCAUCCGGUUUCGGUUCGAACUGUAACCGCAUAAACCGGCGAACCGGCUGUUCGAAUCGACGGUUCGGAACCGAAUGGGCAAGUCUAAUUCCCGCCCGUCGAGGUGCAAAUGCAUUUGAAAAACUAAGCUCUCGACUGCGGUGAAGAAGAAGCUUAAGAUGGCGAGGGAGGGUUUCGUUGACCCACUCGGCGGGAUUUAUGGCCCAAUGCUGUUUCCCCGCACCAUUAGGCCACCAGCGGAUGUUCCGGUGCCCGCCGAUGCAAAAGACCUAGAAUCUAUCCACACUUUCAUGAAAUCUUUGGAGUUCAGGAGUCCUGAAAAGCUCAUGAAUGAGGCAAAGAGAAUUGUCGAUGGUGGAGCAGAGCUUCUGGAAUCUUAUCUUGCUACGUUUACUGAGAAUGUGGGCAAAUCUGAUGCCAUUACUGCAAAAGAUAAGGACAGGCCUCAAGAACGACGACCUGGUCUUGGUCGAGCUCGUAAGAGGGCUCCAUUCUCUCUGAGGACCAGCUUAAGUCAUCCUUCUGUGAGCUUGGAACCAACUGUGGAUCUUGAUAAGCUUCAAGAUCCGGAUGAAUUUUUCAAUGCAUAUGAAAGGAUGGAAAAUGCCAAGAAAGAAAUUGAAAAACGGCUGGGAGGCAAUGUGGACAAUGUAAAAAAUUACAAACCAUCAAAUAGUGGACGUCGUCGUCGAGAAGGAAUUCUUGGGAAGUCAUAUAACUACAAGCACCGAUACUCGUCAGAGCCUUCUGAAAAUGAUAUAUUAAUGUCAUCUCCAGAAAUGGUGGGUCGGGAUGUUGCUGCUUCUCCCCAAGAUGAUUUGCAAGAAAAGUUGAUUCAUCCAAAACCUAUUCCCGAUUUUGACAUAGAGGAAGUUGAACUAGCUGCAUCUAUGAAGAAGGCAGAGAAUGAAGUCAAUAGUAUCUUGGAAGAACUUUUGUCAUGUAAUAAUGAGAAUCUAGAAGGGGACGGGGCUCUGAAUUUAUUGCAGGAUCGCUUGAAGAUCAGGCCUCUUGAUCUGGAGAACCUAUGCACAACUGAGCUGCCUAGUGCUAGAAGAACUAAUACAUUUACUGUGGCAGAGCGUUAUCUUGGAAAUACUAGUACACCCACUGCGACAGAAAGUUCGCAAAAGCAGCAGAAGAGUACGCCAGUUAUUAGCAACUUGAAUAUAUUGAGCCAGAAAUCUAUGAGUCAUGAUCAAGUUGCUAAUCCACUAAAUCUUGCUUCACCGACUCCUCCAAGAAGUCCAUUUGCUUCAAUAUCUUCACUGCAAAAGAGAAUUUUGCAACCCUAUCCCCUGAGGGAUCCAUUUUCCCCUGCUAAUCUUGAUGUUUCCGAUUGCCGAAAUGUUUCUCUUCUUCAACCCAAGAAUAAGCCACUUGAUAAUGCUAAACCAACAAAAGAUUUGGGCUCGUCCAAUGAAUUGGAAUCAUAUGUUGAGGCCGAGAAUAGAGAACCUGAUUUGGAGUCAUAUGUUGAGGCUCAGAGUAGAGAACCUGAAUUGGAGUCCUAUGUUGAGGCUGAGACUAGAGAACCUGAAUUGGAGUCCUAUGUUGAGGCUGAGACUAGAGAACCUGAAUUGGAGUCAAAUGUUGAGGCUGAGAAUAGAGAACCAGUAGUUUCCUAUCCUCUGAGAGAUUCAUUUUCCCCUGUUAAUCUUGAUCUUUCUGAAUGCCGAAAUGAUUUUCCUGUCCAACCCAAGAAUACGUCACUUGGUCAGGCUAAACCAACAAAUGAUUUGGGCUCGUCCAAUGAAUUGGAGUCAUAUGUUGAGGCUGAGAAUAGAGAACCAUUAGUUUCUAAAAAGAAUGCACAUAAUGAUGUAGGGAAAGAAAAUACUCCUCCUGAGCAGGUUAUGGAUGGGAGUGCUGGCAUAAAAACCAAAAAUGUUGAGUGUAGGCUUAAUGAGUUGGAAUCUGACGAGGUUGAGGAAGCUAUGAAUAUUGAUCAGGGCAACUCAGUUCCUUCUGCACCUGAAAAUGUCGGAAGAGAUCAUAUGUCAAGCAGAAAGCAAACCAACAGGGAACAACAGCCAGAGGUUCGCAAAUCAAAGCCACCAAAAGGGGGAAAGGUAGCAGGGGAAAAACGCAUCCGAAAUGCACAUCCCAUGAGGAAAAGCCUUGCAGAAGCUGGAACAUGCUUUGAAUCUGGGGUAAGAAGGAGCAAAAGAAUUAGGAUGAGACCUCUGGAAUACUGGAAAGGCGAGAGGUUCUUAUAUGGACGAGUAAAUGACAGCUUGAAGCUGAUAGGAGUGAAGUACAUCUCUCCUGAAAAAGACAACGGAAAGCUGAAAGUGAAGCCAUAUAUUCCUUCGGAUUCUUCUGAAUUCAAGGAGCUUCUCGAGCUGGCUGCUCGCCAUUGAACUUGCUCACAGUUAUAUCUGAGACCUACUUCCCAGGUAGAAGAUGCAUGCAUAGAUAUACUAAUCUUCAACUUUUCUGUGUUGAAAUGUUACUUGAGAGAGAAGAGAAGAUAACGUUUCCGAGGGAAAUAGGGAAUGGAUGCAUAACAAAUCUUUGUCCAUCAAGCAACGCUGUCCAUUUUCAAGGUAAAAAUCGAAACAUUGAUCCCUCUACCUAAAAAUACGUAUAUGUAUGAUUAUGAAUGUCGAGUACCGCAUGCCUAACUUGUUUGAAACAUGUUCUGCACUUUGUCAAAUCAACUUAUUUGAUGGCAUAAAUCUCACUGUCUCGUCAUCCCUUCUGUCAUUUCAUGACUGCGGCUGUGGAUGGUCCAGUAUCUGUGUUUUGUGUUUGUAUGUUUUCUGGUCAAAGUGUGAAUUUGAUUUGUUGCCUGAAUGGAUUCUGGUUUGGUUUGUCCUAUUUAGACAUGAAGAUUAGAUUAUACUACCUCC